AUGGCCGAACCGGGGGCCCCGCGCGGGUCUGCAGGAUGGGAGUGCCGGGACCACAGUCUAAACAAAAUGUCCUCUGUACGCCCAGACCUCCGGAGGCUGCAGGACUCCCCACCCACAGCCCCAGACAAGGGCUGGUGCUCCACCUGGGGGGCCGGCCACUUCUCCACGUUCGACGGCCACGCGUAUGACUUCCUGGGGACCUGCAACUACGUCUUUGCGGCCACCUGCGAGGACACAUCACCCACCUUCAGUGUCCAGCUACGGCGUGGGCCCAGCGGGAACAUCUCCCGGAUCAUUGUGGAGCUGGGAGCCUCCGCGGUCACCGUGCAGAAGGCGGUCAUCUCCGUGAAGGAUGUGGGGGUCGUCAGCCUACCCUACAGCAGCACCGGGCUCCAGAUCACACCGUUCGGCCGGAGCGUGCAGCUGGUGGCCAAGCAGCUCGAGCUGGAGCUGGUGGUCACGUGGGGCCCAGGCAGUCACCUGCUGGUGCUGGUCGAGAAGCGGCACAUGGGCAAGCUGUGUGGCCUCUGCGGGGACUUCAACGGCAAGCAGACCGACGAGUUCCUGAGCGAGGAAGGCAAACCGCUGGAACCCCACACGUAUGCCGCCCUCCAGAGGCUGGACGACCCCAACGAGAUCUGCACCUCCACGCCGGUCCCCAGGCCCCGGGCCCCACAGGCAGAGCACGCCCAGACUUGCGCCCAGCUGCUGACCCAGGUGGCCCCCGAGUGCAGCGUGCCCAAAGAGCCUUUCGUGCUGAGCUGCCAGGCGGACAUGGCCGAGUGCGCGCCGCAGGGCAGGCGGGACUGCGCCUGUGCCUCGCUGUCCGAGUACUCCCGCCGCUGCAGCAUGGCCGGCCAGCCCGUCAGCCACUGGCGGCGCCCCGGCCUCUGCUCCGUGGGCCCGUGCCCGGCCAACCAGGUGUACCAGGAGUGCGGCGCGGCCUGCGCCAGGACCUGCUCCAACCCACAGCACACCUGCUCUAGCUUCUGCACCUUCGGCUGCUUCUGUCCUGAAGGUACGGUUCUGGAUGACGUCUCCAAAAACCAUACCUGCGUGCCGGUUGCCCAGUGUCCCUGCGUGCUCCACGGUGUGGCCCACGCCCCCGGGGAAGUGGUGACAGCCGCCUGCCGGACUUGCCGCUGCUCCCUGGGCCACUGGGUGUGCACAGAGCAGCCCUGCCCCGGGCGCUGCUCCCUGGAAGGCAGCUCCUUCGUCACCACAUUCGACGCCCGGCCGUAUCGCUUCCACGGCGCCUGCACCUACAUCCUCCUCCAGAGCCCGCAGCUCCCUGGUGGGGGCUCCCUCGUGGCCUCGUACGACAAGUCUGGAUACUCUCACUCGGAGACUGCCCUAGCUGCCGUCAUCUACGUGUCCGGAGAAGACAAAAUCGUGAUUUCUCGGGACGAGGUCCUCACCAACAGCGGGAACACCAAGUGGCUACCAUACAAGACUCGCAACAUCACGGUCUUCAGGCAGACGUCCACCCACCUCCAGAUGACCACCACCUUCGGGCUGGAGCUCGUGGUGCAGCUGGAGCCCGUGUUCCAGGCGUAUGUCACCGUCGGGCCCCGGUUCAGAGGCCAGACCAGAGGGCUCUGUGGCACCUUCAACGGGGACACGACGGACGACUUCAUGACCAGCGCGGGCGUCGUGGAGGGCACCGCCCCGCUCUUCGUGGACUCCUGGCGGACGGGGAACUGCCCGGCCUCGCUGGAGCGUGAGAUAGACCCCUGCUCCAUGAGCCAGCUCAACAAGGUGUGUGCAGAGACCCACUGCUCGGUGCUGGUGAGGGACGGCACCGUGUUCCAGAGCUGCCACGCCACCGUGAACCCCAGGCCCUUCUACAAGAGGUGCGUGUACCAGGCCUGCAACUACGAGGAGACCCUCCCCCACGUGUGCGCCGCCCUGAGUGACUACGCCCGCGCGUGUGCCACCCACGGCAGCCUCCUGCGGGGCUGGAGGGACAGCGUCAACUGCACCACCCCCUGCACGGGCAACCAGACGUUCGGCGACGACAUCAGGGCCUGCGGCCGCACAUGCCUAUCACUGUCGGACCACGCGGCCGAGUGCCACCCGAGCGCCGUGCCCAUGGACGGCUGCGCCUGCCCCGAGGGCACCUACCUCAACCACAAGGCCCAGUGCGUGCGCAAGGCCCAGUGCCCCUGCCUCCUGGACGGCAGCAAGCUCAUCCCGGCGGACCAGUCCACCAUGGUCAACGGCGCCAUCUGCUACUGUGUCAACGGCAGGCUGAGCUGCCCCGGGCGCCCACAAGUGCUCCUGGCUACCUGCUCAGCCCCCAAGACCUUCCAGUCCUGUGACGAGUCGUCAGAGAGAACAUUUGGGGCAGCCUGUGCCCCCACGUGUCAGAGGCUGGCCACCGGCACCCCCUGCGUACCCACCAAGUGUGAGCCUGGCUGCGUCUGUGCCAAGGGGCUCUACGAGAACGCCACCGGGCACUGCGUACCCCCCGAGGAAUGUCCGUGUGAGUUUGCAGGGGUCUCCUACCCCCGGGGCGCAGAGCUCCACACCGACUGUAAGACAUGCACCUGCUCCGGGGGCCAGUGGACGUGCUGGCAGAGUGCCCGCUGCCCCUCUACCUGCACACUCUACGGGGAGGGCCACGUGGUCACCUUCGACGGCCAGCGCUUCCUGUUCGAUGGCAGCUGUGGGUACAUCCUGGCCACGGACGGCUGUGGGACCAACCACUCGCAGCCCAGCUUCACGGUCCUGACGGAGAAUGUCGUGUGUGGAAAGUCAGGCGUCACCUGCUCCCGGGCCAUCAAGAUCUUCCUGGGGGGUGUGUCCGUCGUGCUGGCGGACAGAAACUACACGGUCCGCGGGGAAGACCCGCAGGUGGGGCUGCGGGUGGCCACCGGCCCCCUGCACCUGGUGCUGGACGUCGCCGUCGGCAGCCGCUACAACCUGACCCUCAUCUGGAACAGACGCAUGACCGUCUCCAUCAGCGUCACGCGCGGCAGCCAGGGUGCCCUGUGCGGCCUGUGCGGCAACGACAACGGGAACAUGAAGGACGACUUCGAGACGCGCAGCAGCUACGUGGCGUCCGGCGAACUGGAAUUUGUGAACUCGUGGAAGGACAGCCCACUGUGCGGGGACGCCGGCCUGGCGCUGGACCCCUGCAGCCUCAACGCCUUCCGCCGCAGCUGGGCGACGCGCAAGUGCGCCAUCAUCAACAGCCCCACCUUCGCCGCCUGCCACAGCCAGGUGUACCAUCUGCCCUACUACGAAGCCUGUGUGCGAGACGCGUGUGGCUGUGACACCAGCGGCGACUGUGACUGCCUGUGUGACGCGGUGGCCGCCUACGCCAAGGCCUGCCUGGACAAAGGCGUGUGUGUGGACUGGAGGACCCCCGACUUCUGCCCUGUGUACUGCGACUUCUACAACACGCACGCUCCGGGACACGGCGGGUACCAGUACGACCAGGAGGCCGACUGCGUGUGGCACUACCAGCCAUGCCUCUGCCCCGGGUACCCACAGAGCGUCCCAGACAGCAACACCGAAGGCUGCUACAACUGUUCCCAGCACGAGUAUUUCGACCACGGCACGGGGACCUGCACCCCUUGCAGGCCGCCGCCCAGCACGCCGAGGCCCAGCACAGCACUGCUCCCUGCAGAGUCACCUCGAACCAUCCCUGCCAUCACCAUACGGCCCACGUCGGAACCAGCCCCAACGGUCACCCUCAAGUCCACGGCCACAGGACCCACGGUGACAGGGGCCACAACGAAGUCCACGGCAUCCACACUCAGCUCAGUGACGCGAUCGACAGCUCAGUCCACAGAGCACAGCACGGCUUUUCCACGGACCCCAGAAACUUCAGAAACCUCUACACGACCCCCACCAAGUAAGCACACCCUCGUGCCUGUCCCCAAAAAGGGGCAGAGCACAUAUGCCUGCAACGCACCAAAGCUCGCCCACACGACAGGUCCCCCCUUGGGUACUUCCUUCCGGACGACCACAGCCUUACCCACGCCAUCGCGCCCCGAAAGCACCCUCUCCACCCACGUGGCACCCUCCACCACGUCCUCCGUGACUCCCACUACCCACCGACUCCUCACACCAACGCACCCGGGGACCCCUACUUCGCCCGCCACGGCCAGACCCACAGGCUCCUCGUCGCCGUCCCCGCACGUCCCCAUCACGGGAACACAGCCCACGUACACGACCCCGCCACUCACUCGGACCACGCACACCCCGAACUCCGUCAGCACAGCCAAAACCUCCACAUCCUGGGAGACCUACCCUUCCGCACCCAUCCACCAUGAAACCUCAUCUACCUCCAAGCCCACCGUCUCCCACCAACCACCGGCCACAGGAACCGUGACGUCCGUGACACACACCGCCACGGCCACAGAGUCCACCAGCAAGCGACACACGCCACACACGUCUCAUUCCAGACCCACUGCCCCUGUCCCCAACACCGCCCACACGACAGGUCCCCCCUUGGGUACUUCCUUCCGGACGACCACAGCCUUACCCACCCCAUCGGUCCCCGAAAGCACCCUCUCCACCCACGUGGCACCCUCCACCACAUCCUCCGUGACUCCCACAACCCACCGACUCAUCACCACAAUGCACCCGGAGAUUCCGACGUACGCCUCCACGGCCAGACCCAUGGGCUCCUCAUCUCCGUCCCCACACAUCCCCAUCACGGGCACACAGCCCACGCACACGACCCCGCCACUCACUCGGACCACGCACACCCCGAACUCUGUCAGCACAGCCAAAACCUCCACGUCCUGGGAGACCUACCCUUCCGCACCCAUCCACCAUGAAACCUCAUCUGCCCCCAAGCCCACCGUCUCCCACCAACCACCGGCCACGGGAACCCUGACCUCCGAGACUCACACCGCCACGGCCACGGAGUCCACGAUCCAGCGACACACGCCACACACGUCUCAUUCCAGACCCACUCCCCCUGUCACCAACACCGCCCACACGACAGGUCCCCCCUUGGGGACAACCUUCCGGACGACCACAGACUUACCCACCCCAUCGGGCCCCGAAAUCACCCUCUCCACCCACGUGGCACCCUCCACCACGUCCUCCGUGACUCCCACAACCCACCGACUCCUCACACCAACGCACCCGGAGACCCCUACUUCCCCCUCCACGGCCAGACCCACGGGCUCCUCGUCGCCGUCCCCGCACGUCCCCAUCACGGGCACACAGCCCACGCACACGACCCCGCCACUCACUCGGACCACACAUACCCCGAACUCCGUCAGCACAGCCAAAACCUCCACGUCCAGAGAAACCUACCCUUCCGCACCCAUCCACCAUGAAACCUCAUCUGCCCCCAAGCCCACCGUCUCCCACCAACCACCGGCCACAGGAACCCUGACCUCCGUGACUCACACCACCACGGCCACGGAGUCCACCAGCAAGCGACACACAACGCACACAUCUCACUCCGCACAAACGACCCCUGUCCCCAACACGGCCCACACGACAGGUCCCCCCUCGGGGACUUCCUUCCGGACGACCACAGCCUUACCCACCCCAUCGCGCCCCGAAAUCACCCUCUCCACCCACGUGGCACCCUCCACCACGUCCUCCGUGACUCCCACUACCCACCGACUCCUCACACCAACGCACCCGGGGACCCCUACUUCGCCCGCCACGGCCAGACCCACAGGCUCCUCGUCGCCGUCCCCGCACGUCCCCAUCACGGGAACACAGCCCACGCACACGACCCCGCCACUCACUCGAACCACACAUACCCCGAACUCCGUCAGCACAGCCAAAACCUCCACAUCCUGGGAGACCUACCCUUCCGCACCCAUCCACCAUGAAACCUCAUCUACCUCCAAGCCCACCGUCUCCCACCAACCACCGGCCACAGGAACCGUGACGUCCGUGACACACACCGCCACGGCCACAGAGUCCACGAUCCAGCGACACACGCCACACACGUCUCAUUCCAGACCCACUGCCCCUGUCCCCAACACCGCCCACACGACAGGUCCCCCCUUGGGGACUUCCUUCCGGACGACCACAGCCUUACCCACGCCAUCGCGCCCCGAAAGCACCCUCUCCACCCACGUGGCACCCUCCACCACAUCCUCCGUGACUCCCACAACCCACCGACUCAUCACCACAAUGCACCCGGAGAUUCCGACGUACGCCUCCACGGCCAGACCCAUGGGCUCCUCAUCUCCGUCCCCACACGUCCCCAUCACGGGCACACAGCCCACGCACACGACCCCGCCACUCACUCGGACCACGCACAUCCCGAACUCUGUCAGCACAGCCAAAACCUCCACGUCCUGGGAGACCUACCCUUCCGCACCCAUCCACCAUGAAACCUCAUCUACCACCAAGCCCACCGUCUCCCACCAACCACCGGGCACAGGAACCAUGACGUCCGUGACUCACACCGCCACAGCCACGGAGUCCACAAGCAAGCGACACACGCCGCACACAUCUCACUCCGCACAAACGACCCCUGUCCCCAACACCGCCCACACGACAGGUCCCCCCUCUGGGACUUCCUUCCGGACGACCGCAGCCUUCCCCACCCCAUCGCGCCCCGAAAGCACCCUCUCCACCCACGUGGCAGCCUCCACCACGUCCUCCGUGACUCCCACUACCCACCGACUCCUCACACCAACGCAUCCGGAGACCCCUACUUCCCCCUCCACGGCCAGACCCACGGGCUCCUUGUCCCCGUCACCUCAUGUCCCCAUCACGGGCACACAGCCCACACACAUGACCCCACCACUCACUCGGACCACGCACACACCUAACUCCGUCAGCACAGCCAAAACCUCCACGUCCAGAGAAACCUACCCUUCCGCACCCAUCCACCAUGAAACCUCAUCUGCCACCAAGCCCACCGUCUCCCACCAACCACCGGGCACAGGAACCGUGACGUCCAUAACUCACACCGCCACGGCCACGGAGUCCACCAGCAAGCGACACACGCCGCACACAUCUCACUCCGCACAAACGACCCCUGUCCCCAACAGCGCCCACACGACAGGUCCCCCCUCGGGGACUUCCUUCCGGACAACCACAGCCUUACCCACGCCAUCGCGCCCCGAAAGCACCCUCUCCACCCACGUGGCACCCUCCACCACGUCCUCCGUGACUCCCACUACCCACCGACUCCUCACACCAACGCACCCAGGGACCCCUACUUCACCCGCCACGGCCAUACCCACAGGCUCCUCGUCGCCGUCCCCAAACGUCCCCAUCACAGGGACACAGCCCACGUACACGACUCCGCCACUCACUCGGACCACGCACACCCCGAACUCCGUCAGCACAGGCAAAACCUCCACGUCCUGGGAGUCCUACCCUUCCGCACCCAUCCACCAUGAAACCUCAUCUGCCCCCAAGCCCACCGUCUCCCACCAACCACCAGCCACGGGAACUGUGACCUCCGUGACUCACACCACCACGGCCACGGAGUCCACCAGCAAGCGACACACAACGCACACAUCUCACUCCGCACAAACGACCCCUGUCCCCAACACGGCCCACACGACAGGUCCCCCCUCGGGGACUUCCUUCCGGACGACCGCAGCCUUCCCCACCCCAUCGCGCCCCGAAAGCACCCUCUCCACCCACGUGGCAGCCUCCACCACGUCCUCCGUGACUCCCACUACCCACCGACUCCUCACACCAACGCAUCCGGAGACCCCUACUUCCCCCUCCACGGCCAGACCCACGGGCUCCUUGUCCCCGUCACCUCAUGUCCCCAUCACGGGCACACAGCCCACGCACAUGACCCCACCACUCACUCGGACCACACAUACCCCGAACUCCGUCAGCACAGCCAAAACCUCCACGUCCAGAGAAACCUACCCUUCCGCACCCAUCCACCAUGAAACCUCAUCUGCCACCAAGCCCACCGUCUCCCACCAACCACCGGGCACAGGAACCGUGACGUCCAUAACUCACACCGCCACGGCCACGGAGUCCACCAGCAAGCGACACACGCCGCACACAUCUCACUCCGCACAAACGACCCCUGUCCCCAACAGCGCCCACACGACAGGUCCCCCCUCGGGGACUUCCUUCCGGACAACCACAGCCUUACCCACGCCAUCGCGCCCCGAAAGCACCCUCUCCACCCACGUGGCACCCUCCACCACGUCCUCCGUGACGCCCACUACCCACCGACUCCUCACACCAACGCACCCGGGGACCCCUACUUCGCCCGCCACGGCCAGACCCACAGGCUCCUCGUCGCCGUCCCCGCACGUCCCCAUCACGGGCACACAGGCCACGCACACGACUCCGCCACUCACUCGGACCACACACACCCCGAACUCUGUCAGCACAGGCAAAACCACCACGUCCGGAGAGACCUACCCUUCCGCACCCAUCCACCAUGAAACCUCAUCUGCCCCCAAGCCCACCGUCUCCCACCAACCACCAGCCACGGGAACUGUGACCUCCGUGACUCACACCACCACGGCCACGGAGUCCACCAGCAAGCGACACACGCCACACACAUCUCACUCCGCACAAACGACCCCUGUCCCCAACACCGCCCACACGACAGGUCCCCCCUCUGGGACUUCCUUCCGGACGACCGCAGCCUUCCCCACCCCAUCGCGCCCCGAAAGCACCCUCUCCACCCACGUGGCAGCCUCCACCACGUCCUCCGUGACUCCCACUACCCACCGACUCCUCACACCAACGCACCCGGGGACCCCUACUUCGCCCGCCACGGCCAGACCCACAGGCUCCUCGUCGCCGUCCCCGCACGUCCCCAUCACAGGCACACAGCCCACGCACACGACCCCGCCACUCACUCGGACCACACAUACCCUGACCUCCGUCAGCACAGCCAAAACCACCACGUCCGGAGAGACCUACCCUUCCGCACCCAUCCACCAUGAAACCUCAUCUGCCCCCAAGCCCACCGUCUCCCACCAACCACCAGCCACGGGAACUGUGACGUCCGUGACUCACACCGCCACGGCCACGGAGUCCACCAGCAAGCGACACACGCCACACACGUCUCAUUCCACACCCACUCCCCCUGUCCCCAACAGCGCCCACACGACAGGUCCCCCCUUGGGGACUUCCUUCCGGACGACCACAGCCUUACCCACGCCAUCGCGCCCCGAAAGCACCCUCUCCACCCACGUGGCACCCUCCACCACAUCCUCCGUGACUCCCACAACCCACCGACUCAUCACCACAAUGCACCCGGAGAUUCCGACGUACGCCUCAACGGCCAGACCCAUGGGCUCCUCAUCUCCGUCCCCACACAUCCCCAUCACGGGCACACAGCCCACGCACACGACCCCGCCACUCACUCGGACCACGCACACCCCGAACUCUGUCAGCACAGCCAAAACCUCCACGUCCUGGGAGUCCUACCCUUCCAUACCCAUCCACCAUGAAACCUCAUCUGCCCCCAAGCCCACCGUCUCACACCAUCCACCGGCCACGGGAACCCUGACCUCUGAGACUCACACCGCCACGGCCACGGAGUCCACGAUCCAGCGACACACGCCACACACGUCUCAUUCCAGACCCACUCCCCCUGUCCCCAACACCGCCCACACGACAGGUCCCCCCUUGGGGACAACCUUCCGGACGACCACAGACUUACCCACCCCAUCGGGCCCCGAAAUCACCCUCUCCACCCACGUGGCACCCUCCACCACGUCCUCCGUGACUCCCACAACCCACCGACUCCUCACACCAACGCACCCGGAGACCCCUACUUCCCCCUCCACGGCCAGACCCACGGGCUCCUCGUCGCCGUCCCCGCACGUCCCCAUCACGGGCACACAGCCCACGCACACGACCCCGCCACUCACUCGGACCACACAUACCCCGAACUCCGUCAGCACAGCCAAAACCUCCACGUCCAGAGAAACCUACCCUUCCGCACCCAUCCACCAUGAAACCUCAUCUGCCCCCAAGCCCACCGUCUCCCACCAACCACCAGCCACGGGAACUAUGACCUCCGUGACUCACACCGCCACGGCCACGGAGUCCACGAUCCAGCGACACACGCCACACACGUCUCAUUCCACACCCACUCCCCCUGUCCCCAACACCGCCCACACGACAGGUCCCCCCUUGGGGACUUCCUUCCGGACGACCACAGCCAUACUCACCCCAUCGGUCCCCGAGACCACCCUCUCCACCCACGUGGCACCCUCCACCACGUCCUCCGUGACUCCCACUACCGACCAACCCCUCACCCCAACGCACCAGGUGACCUCUAAUUUUCCCUCCACGGCCAGACCCACGGGCUCGUCUCCAUCCGCACUGGCCACAAGCUCCAGCUCCACUGGUCACACUUCCAGCUCCCGACACUCCCCAGGCACAGCGAGUGUCGUCUCCUUUUCUUCCUUUGUUUCGUCCCCAGACGCCUCCACUCCCACGCUGUCCUCUGUGUCUUCCCCGCCCACCCCCGCCUUCUCCCCCUCCUCUCGAUCCCCCACGCCUCCCCUGGAUCGGACUCCUGGCCCCCUGGGCAGCACCAACAUUGUUCCUUCCUUGCCCAGGACGACACCCAGCACCCCCAUCUCCCACACCCUCUCCUCCCUGUCUACCACCUCCCAGUCUACGACCCUCACCACCCGAAUCCCUCCAUCCAGUCUCUUUUCUUCCACCGUGGGGGUGACAGCCAUCCUGACUUCUCCCGUCACUAACCUCACCACUGGACAACCUAGUAGCACUGGAGUUUCAAGCACCGUGACCCUCGCCAGCCUGACCUCUGUCCACGGAAGCUCAUCCCUCCAUUCCACGGGGUCCUUGUCUCCUGGGGCACCAUCCAUUUCCUCUCAGGUGACAGCCACGUCCGGCUCUCCAGGUAAGGGGCCGGACUCUCGCCCACCUCACGACCUCGGUGCCCCGCAUCUUCCGGCUAUGCAUCCUCAGUCUGGAGAGCACGAUCGUGCCCUCCCCCAGAGCGUCUGCGACGUGAAGCAGCUGCAGCAGGAGGUCACCUACCGAGGGUGCACUGCCAACGUGACCGUGACCCGCUGUGAGGGCUUCUGUGCCUCCUCGACGAGCUUUGACAUCCCCACGAGCCAGCCGGAGACCCAGUGCAGCUGCUGCGAACCCCUCGACUCCUACCAGAAGCAGUUUGUGCUGCCCUGCCCGGACCCUGCAGCGCAGGGCCGGCAGCUGGUGCUCACCCUACAGAUGUUCAGCAGCUGUGCAUGCAGCCCACAGCACUGUGGGGGCUAG